AUGGAGCAAGGCAAGAAGGAUCUCCAUCUCUAUGUUAACAUCAUCUCACAGCCAUCACGAGCAAUUAUUAUCUUUUGCAAACUGAACAACAUAGAAGCAGAGGUUCAUCACCUUGACAUUUUGAAGGGAGAGCACAAGACGACUGAGUUUAAAGCAAUCAAUCCCAUGGGCCAAGUUCCAGCAAUUGUGGAGAAUGGAUUUAAGCUCUUUGAAAGCCAUGCAAUUCUGAAAUACCUUGCUGGAACCUGUCCUGGAGUUCCUGAUAACUGGUAUCCAUCAGAUCCACAGCAGAGAGCUCAGAUCGACAGUAUUUUAGACUGGCACCAUGGAAAUCUUCGCCGGGGUGCAACUGGCUUGUUCUUGGCAGAAGUUAUAUUUCCCAUGAAUGGUGCUCCAAAAGACACCAAGGCAAUUGCAGAUGCAGAGAAAACUCUGCAAUCUGCUCUCUCAAACAUUGAGGACAUAUGGCUGGAUGGAAAUACCAACUUUCUGGGAGGUUCAUCUCAGCCAAGUGUUGCCGAUUUGAUCCUUUCCUGUGAGAUUAUGGAGCUAGAGAGAUCUCACGAUGAGAGAGGGCUGAGAAGCCAGAAGGACAAGAGGAGAAAAGAGAGGAUUCUUCGCGCAUUUGAGGCGCUCGCUGCCGAGUUGGCGAGCUCGGAUGGAAUCACCACCGAUUCGCGCCUCUCAGGGACGUGGAGGAUGCUGUGGACGACCGAGAAGGAGCAGCUCUUCAUCGUGGACAAGGCGCCUCUAUUUGGCACUCGCGCUGGCGACAUUCUCCAGGUUUACUGGCGCGCUUCUUCGAAGUGA